AACUCUUACCGUUUUCAAACAGCGCCAAAUGAACUUACCCAUAAUCAAGUGGAGAAUUGUUCGAUUAUUAAUUUAAAUCAGCAACUUGGAUUAACAUAGUUAUGUAUCUUAUAAGGAAAAAUAUAUAUUGCCGUCAUAUAUAAACGUGCGUACAACUGUUUUUCCUGCGACAAUUUUCGGCUAUAAAAAGGUCUUUGAGGUCUCUGGAAUACAGUCACUAUUGUGUCAAAGCAAAAGAAUGAAGCUAGCAAUCCUUCUAUUGGCCGUGGUCCUAUUCGCCGGAUUCUUCCUGGUUCAGCCGACGUCUGCUCAGACGAACUCUACCACAACCACCAAUACGACCUCGGAUACAACCACUACUACGACCACUGCCAAGCCCAGCACUGUCCACAGGAAACAUUUCAGGGUCAAAGAUGUUCACUACAAAAUCGUCCGCAGAGUUAGCGUCAGCAAGAAAAAGUCUGGUUAA